AUGAGCAUCAUUAAGAAGAUCAAGUCGGCGCUGGCCACGCGGAGGGGCGAGGCCGCCGCAGGGAGAGCCAGCCCAGCACCGCAGCUCAGCGGAAAUGAGCAGGAGGCGAGCUCCGCCAGCGACAACGUCGACCGGCACGGAAAGCUGGACAAGCUGACGAGCCUGAAGAAGAUCGGCCUGUCCGACCGGCCGGACGUGCCCGUCGGGGAGAUGAUCGUCAUGCCCAAGGACGCCGAGGCCAAGCGCGACGCCUCCCGCGCGCAGUGGUGGGUCGUGGGCCACGCCUGCCCCGCCGCACUGCGUCGCAGCGAGUGGUGCGUGAAUCAGUUCGAGCCCGUCAAGCAGCUCGGCAAGGGCGCCAAGUCCCGCGUCUGGGAGGCCCGCGAGACCGCUUCGGGCCUCACCCUGGUCCUCAAGGCGUACGACCUCCGGAAGAUGCACGGCGGCGAGAUCGCGCAGCUGGAGCGCGAGGCGACGAUUCACUGCAACCUGCCCCCGCACCGGAGCGUGGUGAGCCUGUUCGCGGCGUUCCAGGACUCGGUCGCGUGCUACUUCUUGAUGGAGAAGGGCGGGAAGGACCUGUACCAGACCAUGUCGAAGCGCGUCACGUCGUCGGAGGAGUGGCUCGUGCGCACAGUGGUGCACCCGAUCCUCGAGGGCCUCGCGCACUGCCACGCGCACGCGGUGAUGCACCGCGACAUCAAGCCGGAGAACUUCCUCUUCGGCGUCGACGGCCGCCUGCGCGUCGCGGACUUCGGGUUCGCGAUCGACGUGUCGAAGUACCGCCCGACGACGCGCCUGGGGACGCUCGAGUUCAUGGCGCCCGAGGUGGUCACGUCGGGGCGGCAGCGCGACGGCAGCACGCUCCCGCGCGACAAGCGCAAGCCGUACGACUUCGGCGCGGACGUGUGGUCGGUGGGCAUCAUCGUGUACGAGCUGCUCGUCGGGCAGACGCCGUUCGCGCGGAUGACGCUCGCGGACACGACGCAGGCGAUCGAGACGUCGCACGUGUCGUACCCGCCGUUCCUGUCGACCCACGCGAAGAGCUUCCUGCGCGCGUGCCUGGCGCGCAACCCGAAGGAGCGCGCGACGAUGGCCGAGCUCAUGCAGCACCCGUGGGUCGUCGCCGCGGUGGGGUCGCCGACGGCCACGCGCCGCGUGAGCCGCAACGUCGAGGCGGUCAUGUCGUCGGGCGCCUACGCCGCCGAGUGCACCAAGGACGUGGACGGCAUCGUUGCCAGGCAAGGCAGCUGGGCGUCCGGUCCCGCGACCGGCUCGCGGAGCCUGUACGCCGGCGGCGGCCUGCCGUCCGUCGCGAGCGACCGCCGCUGCACCGCGGAGGCGACGCCGGCGCCGGCGCUCGACAGCGCGGGCUCGGGCUGCCAGGGCACGCUGUCGCGCCUCGGCCGCCAGGCCGGCGUCCAGCAGUCGAGCCCCGCGCCGUGCCUGCACCCCGUCGCCUCGAUGGGCGGCAUCGCGAACGCCUCGUCCGGCAGGACACUCCUGCACCAGACGCUGACGCCCAACCGCGUGCGGCGCCCGCGGGCGGGGUCGGCCUCGGGCCCCGCCGGCGUCGCCGCGACGUGCACGCCCGCGCAGAGGAUCGCGAACGACGUGCGCGCGCUGCGGAUGCAGAACAACGCCGGCGACCGCGCGUCGAUCGACUCCAACACCGGCAGCAACACCUUCAUGCGCACCCCGCGCGUCACGGGCCGGACGUCGCUCGACGACCUUGUGCCGGCGGGCCGCACCGCGAGCGUCACGCAGGCGUCCAAGCUCGGACCGGCGCUCGUGCACCGCGACCGCAUCGUGUCGUACGCGUCGACGGUCGCCACCAACAGGCUGCGUUGA